AUGAUAGCCCUGCUGCAUGACCACGGUCUUUUGCUCGAGGCUUGUGACUUGGAUGGCCGCACACCACUACUUCUGGCUUCUGAGCAUGGCCGAACGGAGGCUCUCUUCCAGUUGUUGCCCACGAGUCGCAGCCGACGUGGAAGAGGGAGAGGUCGAGGAGCUCGAGGAGCACGAGGCGAAGACGAUGGGCUUGCUGGAUCACCGAAGAUUAAGCGAAGCAAGACGGUGGAGCAAACGUAUCAGAAGAAGACGCAGGUCGAGCACAUACUCCUCCGUCCAGAUACCUAUGUGGGUUCCGUAGAACAUCAGGAUGAAUCCUUAUGGGUCUGGAACGACAAGAAGGGGGAAAUGGAUUAUAGAAACAUCAGCUAUGUACCGGCGCUGUACAAAGUCUUUGACGAGAUCCUUGUCAAUGCUGCUGACAACCUGCAGCGAGAUCCGAAGAUGAAGGCGAUCAAGGUCGACAUUGACCGCGCCAAAGGACGGAUCAAGGUGUGGAAUGACGGAAAAGGAAUCCCCAUAAAGCUGCACAAGAAGUACAAGGUUUUUGUGCCGGAGCUGGUGUUUGGCCACCUGCUCACGAGUGAUAACUACGAUGACUCUGAGCGAAAGGUGACGGGAGGCCGCAACGGUUAUGGUGCAAAGCUCACCAACGUUUUCAGCAAGAAAUUCGUCAUCGAGACCGCAGGGGGUGGCAAGAAGUACAAGCAGGAGUGGACAAGUAACAUGAGCAAGAAGGGAAAGCCGCAGAUCACCAAAGGGUCCUCAUCAGCCUCUUAUACCUGUGUGGAAUUCUGGCCAGAUUUGGCCAAGUUUGGCAUGAAGGACCUCGAGGCUGACACAGUCUCACUCAUGAUGCGGAGAGUGUACGAUAUCGGAGGCACAAGUGGAGAUCGAUGUUCCGUGUAUUUGAAUGGGCGAAAGCUGAAUGUAAAGAACUUCGUGGACUACUGCCAGCAUUUCCACGGUGAGGACGGCUACGCCUACGCACAAAUCAACAAGCGUUGGCAGGUGCUGGUGGCUCGCUCUGACGGUGAUGGCUUCCAACAGAACUCCUUCGUCAAUGCCAUCAGUACGCCUAAAGGGGGCACGCAUGUCAACUAUGUUCUAGACCAGCUCGUCGAUGCAAUCUCUAGCAAGGCUGCAAAGCAAGCUGGCAAGGGCACCGAGAUCAAGCGAGUGCACGUUAAAAGCCAUCUAUGGCUUUUCAUCAACUGCUUGAUCGAGAACCCUGCUUUCAGCUCACAGACGAAGGAACAGAUGACACUGAAGGCCUCCCAAUUCGGGAGCAGCUGCAGUCUGCCCCGGGCUUUCAUUGAUGAGGUGCUCAGCAAUACAGGCAUUGUGGAUGCCGUCAUCGCUGAGGCCCAGUCUAAGAUGACUCUCCAAAUGGACAAGAACAUCUCGAAAUCGAGCCAUGGGAAGCGAGUGCUGGGAGUUCCCAAGCUGGAAGAUGCAAACGAAGCAGGGGGCAAGCUUUCCAAGGAAUGCACGCUGAUCCUAACAGAAGGCGAUAGCGCCAAAGCUCUUGCCGUGGCGGGUUUGGCAGUCCUCGGGCGUGACAAGUAUGGUGUCUUCCCUUUGCGUGGGAAACUUCUGAAUGUGCGUGAGAUCAACCAGAAAGCGCUGGCUGAAAACAAAGAGGCAAUGAAUAUCGUCAAGAUCCUUGGCCUGUCAUUCGACAAGAAAAAGCUGCAAGACUUGCGCUACGGUAAGGUCAUGAUCAUGGCAGAUCAAGAUUACGAUGGCUCCCACAUCAAGGGUCUCCUCAUCAAUUUCUUUCAUUACUUCUGGCCAGACUUGCUCCGAGGCAACAAGGGCUUCCUCCAGCAGUUCGUGACUCCGAUUGUGAAGGCAACCAAGGAUGGGCAUGUGAUACAAUUCUUCACGAUGGUCGAGUACGAGAAGUGGAAGACCAAGACAAGGGAUGGUGCUGGUUGGAAGAUCAAGUAUUACAAGGGCCUGGGGACCAGCACCGCAGCUGAAGCCAAAGAGUACUUUGGAAACAUCCAUGACCACCGAAUCGAUUUCAAGUGGAAGGGAUCAGGCGAAAACAAAUUGAUCGACAUGGCCUUCAACAAGGGUCGCUCGGAUGAUCGGAAAUCGUGGAUGAACAAGUACAAGGAGGGAACAUUCGUGGAUCACUCCAAGCGGGCGGUGUCGUACGAAGACUUUGUCAACAAAGAGCUGGUGCAGUUCUCACGUUAUGACCUGAUGAGGAGCGUCCCCUCUGUCAUGGAUGGGCUCAAGCCCACCCAGCGCAAGGUGCUAUACUGCUGCUUCAAGCGCAAUCUCCGGUCAGAUGUGAAGGUGGCCCAGCUGGUGGGCUACGUUGGUGAGCACAGCGCCUACCACCACGGAGAAGCAUCACUUGCAGGGACGAUUGUUUCCAUGGCGCAGGAUUUCGUGGGGUCCAACAACUUGAACUUGUUGGUACCUUCCGGGCAGUUUGGGACGCGAGCGCAGGGUGGCAAGGAUGCAGCCAGCGCGCGCUACAUCUAUACCAGGUUGUCUGCCAUCACACGGCUGCUGUUCAGCCCUUUGGAUGAUCCCGUGCUUGAGUAUCAGGUGGAGGAGGGGCAAAAAAUCGAGCCGUACUGGUAUGCUCCAAUCAUCCCCAUGAUUCUGGUGAACGGUACCGAGGGCAUUGGAACCGGAUGGAGCACAUCAGUCCCCAACUACAAUCCCCUGGAUAUCAUUGCGAACAUUCGACUGUUCAUCAAGAAGAAGCCUGUGCGCGCCAUGCAACCCUGGUAUCGAGGAUUCACCGGGACAAUCAAGCCAUCUGGUGAGAAAGGCAAGUAUGACUGCCUCGGUGCAUACACAAAGACAAGCACCACAAUCCUGCAGAUUACAGAGCUGCCAUUGCGGAAGUGGACGCAGGAUUACAAAGAGUUUCUGCAAAGCAACAUGCCGGGUGGGGACCAGAAGAAAGCGAAGCUGAACAUCUAUGAUGUCCGCGAGUAUCACACAGAACGGAGCGUUCACUUCGUUGUUCGUAUGGAUGGCAAUAAGCUCAAGGAUGCAGAGAAAAAAGAGGGCAUUGAAGUAGCAAUGCGCCUGAAGACCAGUAUCAACGAGACCAACAUGGUGCUGUUCGACAACGAAGGCCGUAUCACAAAGUACAAGAGUGCGAAAGACAUCAUGCAAGAGUUUGCCAAAGUCCGAUUGAAGAUGUAUGACAGACGAAAAAAGUACCUGAUCCAGAAGCUUACUCUUGAGAAGGAGCUCUUGGGAAAUCGUGCAAGGUUUAUUGCCAUGAUUAUAGCCAAGAAGCUGCACGUGAACAACCGAAAGAAGGCAGACGUCGUGAAAGAUCUCGUGAAGUUCAAGUUCCGACGAUUUGGAGACACAACGCCUCCCAGGACGGGCUUUGAGUAUUUACUGGGAAUGCAGAUCUUGACGCUCACGCUCGAAAGAAAGCUGGAGUUGGAGAAGCUGUACAAAAGCAAAGGCGAUGAGUUGGUUCGCACCAAAAAGACAUCCAUCCAGCAGAUGUGGAAUGAUGACCUUGACAAGCUGGAGGACGCUAUCCGAGGAAUAUACCAAAAAGAAGAUGCGGCACGAGAAGCCCGUUCUUCUGGAAAGAAGCGGAAAGCUGGCCUGGAUUCUGGUGAUGACUCCAAGGCUUUGAAGCGACCAGCUGCCUCGCAGCCCCUUGCAGCCAGCUUGUGGAAGGGUGCCAAGGGACGUGGAGGGCGUGGGCGAGGGCGCAGCCGCAGAGGCCGCGGUGGCUCUGGACGAGGAGAAGAAGACGAGGAAGAGGAGGAUGAGGAGGAGGAAGCUCCGGUAAAUGAAGCCACAGAGCAGCUUUUCGGUGACGUGGGGAGGUUGACCGCGAGUCUGCUGAAGUCUCCCGGCGGCCUUGGCACCAGAAAGCGAAGACGCAUGUGA